AUGAAACCCCAGCUUGUGGGGUGUGACGGCGGGAGUAAACAAGCGGCUGUGGGGAAUCUGCAACUUCCGCAGCCCCGGCCGCCAUCCACGCCGGAUGUUUCCCCGCACCCGCCCUUCAGCUCCUCGACACUCCGCUACGAGAUUCUGCUCUCUCCAAUUCUUGAGAACUCGUGGAAUGGUUCCACCUUAAUCAUGUCGGUCGACUCCUUCCACGCCAUCAAGCGCAUCAGACAGGCCUGCGCCAACUGCAGACGCAAAAAGACAAAGUGCUCAGGAGAACGCCCUGUCUGCUCUCAUUGCCGCCGAAAUCGACUAGCCUGCAUAUGGGAACCGUAUUCCAAUACAACGCAGAGACUCGGAGAUGCCACUGGCAGCCAGCCCCUCUCAAACUCACCGAGUAAUGCGGACAAUGAGCUUUUGCAACGCAUUAGCAUGAUCGAGUCCCGUCUAGCGGAGCUCAGUGGACGGGAUGAGCGCAAUGGCAAUGAGUUGGUUUGCACCCGCCCUCGGACAGAAUCAGUUCUAAUCGAGCGGUCAUGCAGGAACCUGCUAUGCAGUUUCGGGCUACCCGCAAGUGACAACCUGGGUCUGAAUCUUCUCCCCGCGCAACCUCCGGUUAUGAUCGACUAUUCAUCUUACCCUCCGACCCCAGUUCUCAAAUCUGUCAUUGACACAUACUUCCAACAUCUCCAUAACCAGCCUUAUUCGUAUUUCCACGAGUCAUUGUUUCGACAGAAGCUGGAGAGAAACGAGUUACCCCGUUGCCUGGUCUUGGCUAUCCUUGCAUCCGCCGUACGGUUCUCAUCGCAUGAUUAUUAUACUGGCAGGACCCGCGAGGCGGCGGACGCCUAUGCACGAGAGUGCUGGCUAGCUGUCUUGGGAGAAGACCUCACAGCAGAAGGCGGCUUGGAUCUAUCGACUGUGCAAACAGUGAAUUUGCUCGCCGUGGUGGACUAUACCGGUGUGUACAUCCCACUUGCUGUCAAAAUCACCAAGCGGCCUAACAUUACUAACGAGAAUAUAGCCGGACGCGUUAGCUCCGGAUGGCUCAAAAUCGGACUGGCAGCGCGCAUCUCACAAGAUCUUCAGCUCAUGAUAGAGCCUGCCGGCUAUCUCCCAUACCCAGAACAAGAAGAGCGACGGCGGAGCUUUUGGUCUGCAUACCUUAUCGACAAACUUAUAUCAUGCGCAAGGUCCAGGCCCUUGGUGAUUCUAGACGAUGAUUGCAACGUCCAACUUCCGUGCGAUGAACAGACUUUCAAAGAGGGCCGGUGGAAAACGACAAACACAUUGAGUGAGCUCUUGGACUGGAACUCUAAUGUGACUGAGAACCCGAGCCCUUUCGCUCUGGUCACAUUGAUGGCAUCUAUAUUCGGUCGCUGUACGAGAUACGUACACCAAGACAGGAGAAUUGAAGAGAUUCCUCCUUGGGACACGAAAUCCGAAUUCUCGGCAAUAAAGAGUGCAAUGCUGCUAUUGGAAUCAUAUUCAAAGGUUGGCGACCGGCCAAUCUCUGAAAUCGUGCAUGAGACUCGAUCGGACGAAAUCGGGCAUCUUAUAUUUGCUCACACCCUGUUUCACCUGUGCCACUGCCUUUUGAAUCAUCCAUUUUUGGUUCGCCUACGCUUGAAACCAUUUGGCAUCAAGGCCCCUGCUAGUUUCUCAACAAGAGCUCUUCGAAGUGGAUGUGACCAUGCCAAGCAACUUUUGGAUCUUCUGAGGGACUCCUCCCAGAGCGGAUAUGAGGUAAAGUCAUCCUUCUACGCGUAUUGCAUUGCAAUAGCCGGAGGCAUUCAUUCGCUUGUGUCUCAUCUUGAAAUUCAAACGUGUGGCCAGUCUGAGCAUUUGCAAUACUUCCAGAGAAGCGUAGAUGCUUUGGAUGGACUGGGGAGACUAUGGACACAUGCGGCUAAUAUGACCGUCCGCCUUCGUGAAUUCCACAACAUAUCGGAUCAAUUUGCUACAACCCUUCUUCGACCGCACCCGGCCGAAGACCUCCAGCCUGAAUACGAGAGUAUCAUGUGGGCUAUGAUUGAUUAUGGGAUUCUAGGCGCAGAUCCAAGUCAAAAGCCACUUAGUCCUCAGAGGACAACCACUUCGAAUCUUCCUUCGCCAAACUCGUGGGUUUUGGGGUCGGAGCUUCUCCACACUGAUCCAACAAGAUUUGACAUCGAUAACACCGACAUUUCAAGUGGAUUGACACCCACAAUGCGAUUGAACGAGGUUGAGAACCUUUUGAACUGUAGUCCUGGUGCUGACGUGUUGAUGUGA